GAAAAGAAGUCCAGCAUCUAUGGAUUCACCACAUACAACAGAGUGCCCAUUCAUUUAACACCAACUAUCCCAAGGAAACAUAUCUUGAAGAAAAGUGAUAAAAGAUACAAGUCCUUAGUCUUUUCAGGAAAGAGCAAGGACCCUGAUAUGUACUUGCAUUGGGAAGAAAAUAUAGAGAAGUGGCUGCGGUCAAACAAAAUCCCAAAGGAGAAGAGGUUACAACAAGCAGUCUCAGCAUUUACAGAAAAGGCUUAUGAAUGGUGGCUGAGGGAAAAUACUCCAAGCUUCUACAACAAACCAGUACUGGAUUGGGAAGAUCUUAAGGCACGCAUGCAUAGGGAGUUU